CAGAACCCGGAAGUAUUACAACAAAACACUGCUCGGCUGCAGCACGCUAUAGCAGGGAAAGAUGUCUCAUGUUGUCAAAAAGAGAAAAUUGGAUAAAAGCCGGCAGGACCGACUUUAUUUCGACAGCUACUCCGAUGUGACUAUCCACGAGGAAAUGAUAGCGGACCACGUCCGCACCAACACGUACAGGACGGCGAUACAGAGGAACAGUGAGUCAAUCCGGGGGAAAGUUGUGCUGGACGUCGGGGCAGGAACCGGCGUUUUGAGCAUCUUCUGUGCUCAGGCUGGAGCUAAGAAAGUGUACGCAGUGGAAGCCUGCUCCAUAGCCGAGCAGGCGGUGAAAAUAGUCAAACACAACAACAUGGACGACAGAGUGGAGGUGAUUCGAGGGACGGUGGAGACGGUGGACCUACCGGAGAAGGUGGAGGUGAUAGUGAGCGAGUGGAUGGGUUAUGCCCUCCUCCACGAGUCCAUGCUCAACUCGGUCCUCUACGCCCGAGACAGGUGGCUGAAGCCGGGCGGCGUUAUUCUGCCGAGCAAAGCCGAGCUCUACAUCGCUCCCAUCAGCGACCCGGUGGUGGAGGACCGCUUACACUUCUGGUACACCGUCAAGGACCAGUACGGCGUCGAUAUGUCCUGCAUGUCCGACUUCGCCCAGAGGUGCAUCAUGAACUCGGACAUCACGGUGAACUCAGUGACCGUGGAGGACGUGCUCUCCCACCCGGCCCGCUUCGCCGAGCUCGACCUGUACUCGGUGACCGUGGAGGAGCUCCGCGCGGUGAAGGGCCACUUCAGGUGCGAGUCGUUCGGCUCGGCGGCGGUGAACGCGUUCUGUGUUUACUUCACGGUGACUUUCCCCUGCCCGGACAAACCGCUGGUGCUCUCCACGUCCCCGUUCAAACCGGAGACGCACUGGAAGCAGGCGGUGCUGUACCUCGACGCUCCGGUGGAAGUGGUGCAGGACACGCCGGUUACUGGAGAGGUCAGCAUGUACCCCUCGGAGGACAGCGCCAGACAUAUAUGUAUCCAUGUGGACUACAGUAUAGGAGAGCAGAAAACACAGUCCAAGACUUUCUCCAUCCCUGACUGGAGCUCUGAGGCUCAGUCAUAGUGGGACAUUAACAUUAGGUCAGUUUACAAACAUCACUGUCAAAUGCCCAAGACCUUGUCUCAUCAAAUGUUAUUGAAAUUCACCAACCUGGUCGUGGGGAUUUGGUGCAGCGAUUGUAUUUUUGACCCACGUGGUCACUUAGUUUUUAAAACAUUACAUCAGCUUCAUCCACAAAUAAAUGGAGGAUCUGCUGCUGAUCCAUAGAUCUCCAAGCCAACUUCUGUGCAUUUUCUAAACACACAAACAGUGGUUACUGCAGUCUAAUGCCAACUACAGUAUAUUUUUGUUUUGGCCCAUCUCAGAAUGAGAUUCUACAUCUCAUAGGGAUAUCCUUUCAAUACAUUCAAAUUCAUUUCAGUGUUUGUUAUGUUAAUGUUUGUUUUCACACCUAUAAAUAACACCUCAUUUGGAAGAGGGAAAAUGCAAACCCUGAUCAACUGUUCAUGCAUUAACCUCACUUAACCAAACGCCCAUUACGUAUAUUGUUGUGCUGUAUAUGCAUUCUGCAGCAUUUUAUAACAAAGCAUUGCAGUAGUACUGAGUGAGGCUGCAACUGACAGCUAUUUUUAUUAAUCAUUAAAAUGCAGACAGUCUUUGAGAAAUCAUUGGGUAUACAAAGAAAAAUUCAGAAAACUGGUAAGAAAACGCACCACAUCUCAAAUAUGUUGCUUUUCUAAAAGGAGAGGAAAAUUAAAAAGAGAUUCUCAGAGCUGAGAAGCUGGAGGUUGGGAUGACUUGGUGUUUUUGACUGAACAAAACGCCUCAGAAAUAGUUUACUAUCGUGGUGGUGGGGGGGAGGGGGGAAUGAUAACAGUAGAUUAUCAUUGUAGAAAUGCAUUUGAAACAACAUUUGGCUGUCAGUGGAGAUUAAAACUGUCCUGAAAAUGUGACUAAAGGUAUGAUUUUGAAGUGGUUUUGUAGUUCAUCUUUAAACAGCGUUAGACUGAUUUCCAAAGUGCUGAAUAAAGUCGACACCACGCCGCAGACAUGUAAUAUUCUGAUGAAUUCAAUCAUGAAUAUUGGGUGGAAUGGAAUCCAAAUGCUGCAUUCAGAUGAGCAUGGGACCGAUAUAUUGACUUGGACUAGCUGCAGUCAGGCAGGAGGCGGCAUCAUACAGGAGGUUUUUAAUGAAGUUCCAAAUUGGCUCAUUAUUUUGGCCUAAAACUAGGAUGAACCGUCAUCUGUUGACAGAAAACAGAAAGCUUCUGAUUCUGCUUCAGCAUUCUGUGAAAAACACGGACAAUCUGAGUUUAAGAGUGACAGAGUUUUUCAUCACUGUAACAGGCAACAGCAGAUUUUAUAGUUUGGGAUAUAACUCAUCAUUUAUUGACUGAAAAGGAUCUGGUCAGUGAUCAAUCACUGGUUUACCUGCUAUAUGUCAGAGCCAUUGUCUGCUCAGUGAGUGUGGAGGGUUUGUUGACAGCUAUAUUGCAGGGUCUUUGAUUAAAGUUAGUUUAAGUGACACCUCUGUGGGUCAAAUAGAAAUUGUGUACCAGUUGGGCUCUUUACUGAGCAAAUGGGAACUGGACUCUAAUAAAUGGACUGUUUUAUGUGCCACAAGUCUUAAGUUGAAAAAAAGAUAGUCCUCAAGAAAAAGGAUCAUGCGUCGACGCUAGUGCAGUUUUUUCUGCUACAUCUUCACUCAUUAAUCUAUAAUCUGCCACAUGGAAUCUCCAAGUUUAAGCACUCAUCUUGAAUUACUGCCAAGGGACAGGACUGUUCUUUAAAUGUGAGUCUCGUGUCUUUUUUCAGGAGAACAGAACUGCACUUUAUUUGAUUCAUUAUUCCAGUUUUAUUACAGAUUUUAGUAUCUAUAUAUUUCUGAGAUGGGUGGUGCUCUUUCUGUGUCAGAAUACAAGCAUUUUUAUAUUCCUGUUACAAAUACUAAUACUAAUACAUUAUUAACCUCCUAUGACCUCCCGCCCACAUAUGUAGACAUCUUUUAUUUUGAAUUAAUUACAGCGAAAAUACCGCGUUAAAAAUAACGCAAUUGAUUACACCCUCCUCGGCUCCCUCAUUUCUGGCACACCGGUAACUCUGAUGAACACUCCAGCCCAGUAGGUGGCGGUAAUGAACCUAAAGUCUGUUUGUAGCCAUGAAGAAGAAGCACAGGAAGCACUGAGUGAAGUCAGGCGCUGAUGAACAGUGAAGGAAGACCAGAUUGAGCUUGUUGGGCAGAAGGUUUUCUUUUAAAAAUCUUCCCGAUGGCAGCUUGGAUAAAAGCCUGGUUGUGUGCAAAUUGUACAACAAAGAGUUUUCUGAUCACUGCGUCCCUUCAAGCCGACGGUAUCACCUCAAUGUAAAACAUGUUGCUGUUAGCACCAGAGCUAACGUUAGCUACGAGUCAUGCUAACGGCUAACGGUGUAGCCAUCCCAUAAUAGACCACUUUUCUAGACGGUGCUUGAGUUUACAGAAAGUCUUAAAAUGUUGAAUAAAAUCGCUAUAAUUGCACUUAGAUUUGCAGUAAUCUGUGAAUGUAGCAGACAGAUGAAAAAUGCAGAUAAAUAGAAAUGAAACAUUUUUGUGGUUUAAGGUUUUACUCCAUUGAGGCUCUGCCUCCUUGGAGGAGGAAUAACCUAAACAACAAAAAUAUCUCUUUUAAUAACUUAAUUAUAAACUUUUUGUUUAUAAAAAAUUACAUAAAAAUUGAUAUUCCUAUAAAAAGAACCAUCAAAAUUCCACCAUUUAUCAGACCCAGAAAAGAUGAAAAUAGAAUGAAUCUCUGGAUUUUCAACUUUCUGAAGCUCCUUGAACUACUUAUGCUGAUUUUAUGUGCCAUACAGUGGAAAAUAAAUUCAGGCUUUAAAAUCACUUUUUUCUAUAUGUCCCAUUUUCCUUUUUUAAAAUAAAUUUUAAAUUAUAUACA